CAGAUCUGUGCAUCUCAGCCCAUCUCAUUCUCUCCAAGGCAGUCAGACCUCCUGAGCAGUCUUCACAAUGACUUCCCUCAGAAUGAAUACCAUCAGCAGUUCUUCUGGACGCUUCAGUAGUGGAGGUGGAGGAUAUGGUGGAGGAUUUGGUGGAGCCAUGGCAGGAGGUUAUGGUGGGGGUGGAGGCAUGGUGCGAAAGGCAUAUGCUUCAAGUGUGUAUGGCGGCGCAGGUGGCAGUGGAUCAAAAAUCUCUGUUGCCACUGGUGGUUAUGGCGGCUUCGGCAGUGGAGGUGGUGGAGGUGGUGCAGGCGGCGGUUACAGUUUUGGCAUGGGAGGGGGUGCAGGCUAUGGUGGAGGCAAUAACUUUGAUGUUGGAGCCAAUGAGAAGGCCACCAUGCAGAACCUGAACGACCGUCUGGCCUCCUACCUGGAGAAGGUGCGCACCCUUGAGAAGGCCAAUGCUGAGCUGGAGCUCAGGAUCCGCCAGUUCUUGGAGAGUAAGACCUCCCCCAUUACCCGUGACUACUCAGCUUUUGAGGCCACCAUUGCUGACCUCCAGGGAAAGAUCCAAGAUGCCACCCGUGUCAAUGGAGGCAUCUAUCUGUCCAUUGACAAUGCAAAACUGGCAGCAGACGACUUCAGAACCAAGUAUGAGAAUGAGCUAGCCAUGCGUCAAUCAGUGGAGGCAGAUAUCGCCGGUCUAAAGAGAAUGCUGGAUGAGCUGACACUGGCUAGAUCAGACCUGGAGAUGCAGAUAGAAGGCCUCAAGGAAGAGCUGAUUUACCUCAGAAAGAACCACGAGGAGGAACUGGCCGCCAUGAGGAACCAGAUGAGUGGGCAGAUCAACGUGGAGGUGGACGCAAAACCACAGCAAGACCUGAGCGCCAUUAUGGCUGAGAUCCGUGAACAGUAUGAGAAUUCAGCUGCCAAGAACACAAAAGAACUUCAAGCCUGGUUCCAAGCAAAGUCAGAGGAGCUGAACAAGGAGGUGGCAGUCAACACAGAAAAUCUCCAAACGUCCAAGACAGAAAUAACCGAGAUCCGUCGCACACUGCAGGGCCUGGAGAUCGAACUACAAUCACAACUUAGCAUGAAAGCGUCCCUGGAAGGCACGUUGGCUGACACAGAGGGACGGUAUUCCAUGCAACUCCAAGGCCUUCAGAUGCAGGUAACUGGCUUGGAGGAACAGCUGACGUGUUUGCGUGCUGACAUUGAACAACAGAGCCAAGAGUACAACAUGCUGCUCGACAUCAAGACACGUCUGGAGAUGGAGAUUGCAGAAUACAGAAGGCUGCUGGACGGAGAGGGCAGUACCGGCGGUUCCACCUCCACCUCUUCCAGGGUGAUAGUGCGCACAGAGGAAAUAAAGGACGGCAAGGUUGUGUCCUCCUCCAUCUCCUCAUAAUCUGUGUCACGCGACAAAAGCAGCAGAAGGGGCAACACCUGAGGGCCACAAGCCUGAACCCAAGACUUCCUUCACAUACACAUGUGAAUGCAAUAAAAAGCCCAUUGCUCACUA